GCCAUUUUGUCAGCCAUUUCCUAGACGGGUCCGCUGCAGAUCAGCACCAGAAAGAGCGAAACCCCUCCUGCACAGGCCGCUAUCCGGGACUGAAUGAGAGACUAGCGCUCCAGCGGGCCGGUCAGUACUCAGAUAAAGCCCGUGUUCGCGGUUCGUUCUGGUCGGACAGGAGGGAAAUCAUCAUGGCUCUGAAAAUCGUCAAGGGAAGCAUCGAUCGGAUGUUCGAUAAAAACCUGCAAGAUUUAGUACGUGGCAUUAGGAACCAUAAGGAAGAAGAGGCCAAAUACAUCUCUACAUGCAUCGAUGAGAUCAAACAAGAACUCAAACAGGACAACAUUGCUGUCAAAGCCAACGCAGUCUGCAAGCUCACCUACUUGCAAAUGCUGGGCUAUGAUGUCAGCUGGGCUGCAUUUAACAUCGUGGAGGUGAUGAGCUCCUCCAAAUUCACGUACAAGCGAAUCGGCUACCUUGCAGCAUCUCAAUGCUUUCACGAGAGCACUGAUGUCAUCAUGCUGACAACCAAUCAGAUCCGCAAGGAUCUCAGUAGUCCCAACCAGUAUGACACUGGCGUGGCCCUGACUGGCCUUUCCUGCUUUGUGACCCCUGACCUUGCCCGCGACCUGGCCAAUGACAUCAUGACUUUGAUGUCCCACACUAAGCCAUACAUUCGGAAGAAAGCGGUGCUAAUCAUGUAUAAAGUGUUCCUGAAGUACCCCGAGUCCCUCCGUCCCGCCUUCCCCCGACUCAAAGAAAAGCUGGAGGACCCAGAUCCUGGCGUCCAGUCAGCAGCUGUGAACGUCAUCUGUGAGCUGGCCAGAAGAAACCCCAAGAACUAUCUUUCCCUGGCACCCUUGUUCUUCAAGCUCAUGACAUCCUCCACCAACAACUGGGUGCUCAUCAAAAUCAUUAAGCUGUUUGGUGCUCUCACUCCUCUGGAGCCUCGUUUGGGAAAGAAACUUAUCGAACCCCUGACAAACCUCAUUCACAGUACCUCCGCUAUGUCUCUUCUGUAUGAAUGCGUCAACACGGUUAUAGCAGUGCUGAUCUCACUGUCCUCUGGGAUGCCCAAUCACAGCGCAAGCAUACAGCUCUGUGUGCAGAAACUGCGAAUCCUGAUAGAAGACUCGGACCAGAACUUGAAGUACUUGGGUCUACUGGCUAUGUCUAAGAUCCUGAAGACCCAUCCCAAGUCUGUGCAAUCACACAAGGACCUGAUUCUGCAAUGUCUGGACGAUAAAGAUGAGUCUAUUCGUCUGAGAGCCCUGGAUCUGCUCUACGGCAUGGUGUCAAAGAAGAACUUAAUGGAGAUUGUAAAGAAACUGAUGCUGCACGUGGACAAAGCUGAGGGAACCACUUACAGAGACGAAUUACUCACCAAGAUCAUCGACAUCUGCAGCCAGAGCAACUACCAGUACAUCACCAAUUUUGAGUGGUACAUCAGUAUUUUGGUGGAGUUGACUCGUUUGGAGGGCACAAGGCACGGUCACCUGAUUGCCUCGCAGAUGCUGGAUGUCGCCAUCCGCGUCAAAGCCAUCCGAGGCUUUGCUGUCGCUCAAAUGGCGACUCUGCUUGACAACGCACACCUGCUGACCGGCAACACACAGCGAAAUGGCAUCUGUGAGGUUCUCUAUGCUGCCGCGUGGAUCUGCGGAGAGUUUUCAGAGCAUUUGGAAGAUCCCAUGCAGACAUUGGAGGCUAUGUUGAGACCCAAAGUGGCUACACUGCCUGGUCAUAUUCAGGCAGUGUAUGUACAGAAUGCCGCAAAGCUGUUUGCUACUGUGCUGCAGAAACAUGAAGGCGAGAUGGACAGCCAGGCCACGCAGGAGACGAGCCAACUUCUCAUAGACAGACUGCCACUGUUCGUCCAGAGUGCUAACCUGGAAGUGCAGGAGAGGGCAUCCUGCAUCCUGCAGCUGGUGAAGUACAUCCAGAAGCUGCAGCAAAAGAAUGUAGAUGUAGCAGAGGAAGUGACGGCUCUCUUUGCUGGAGAGCUCAACCCCGUGGCCCCCAAGGCCCAGAAGAAAGUGCCUAUACCAGAAGGUCUGGAUCUGGAUGCCUGGAUCAAUGAGCCUCCGUCAGAGAGCGAGUCUGAGGAUGAGAAACCCAAAGCUGUGUUUGCUAAAGAAGAACCCAAGCAUUCUAGAACAAAACACACUGAGGUGGACGAGAAGGAGCUGGCCAGGAGAAGGGAAGCCAGGAAGCAAGAACAGGCCAACAACCCAUUCUACAUCAAAGCCUCCCCAUCAUCUCAGAAGGUGUAUGAUGCGGCAGGUGUUGAGCACAUUCCGGUGGUGCAGAUCGACCUCAGCGUGCCUCUCAAAGUCCCAGGGAUGCCCAUGUCAGACCAGUACCUCAAGCUGGAGGUGGAGCGCCGUCAGAAGGUGAAGGCUGAGAGGAAGAAGAAAGAGAAGAAGAAAAAGAGAGAAAAGCGAGGGAAAGAGAGGAAGGCAUAUUCAGGUCCUGAGAGUGAGGAAGACAUCGCGCCUGCUCAGCAGGUGGACAUAGUCACAGAGGAAAUGCCAGAGAAUGCCUUACCCAGUGACGAUGACGACAAAGAUCCUAACGACCCUCACAAAGCUCUGGACAUUGAUCUGGACAAUCUGCUCUCUGGUGCUAGCUCAAGGCCGCUUGCAGACAGCGAGAAGCUUCCUGUGAGGACCCACCGUCCAGAGGUGCUGAAGAGCCCUGCAGAUGGCCUAGAUGGUGAGAACGUCCCACUGGAAAUCAAGAAGAAGAGCAGUAAGGAGAAGAAAGAGAAGAAGAAGGACAAGGAGAAGGAUAGAAAGAGGAGCAAAGAGGAAAAGAAGAAAAAGAAGAAACACAAGGAAGUAGAGGAGGAGCCUCUGGAAUCCCAGCUAGAAGAGGCUGUCCAAUCAGAGGAGACCAAAGAGGUGGAAGCCCCUCCCACAUCCACAUCUGCUGAGGCCUCUGAUCUGGAUUUCUGGCUCUCUAGCGCUCCUGUUCCCCCCACCACCCAGGAGGUAACAGCGCCCUUGUCAGCCACUACUGUGGACGCGAGCUCUGCAGCCGCGCCAGAUUCUGAGCCAGAGGAGCCUAAAGAGACAGAACCAGAGGACACGAAAUCGUCCAAACACAAGAAGAAGAAGCAGAAGAAAGAAAAGGAGAAGGAAAAGAAAAAGAAGCGACACCACCACCAUCAUCACCAUCACAGUGAUGGAGGAGGAGAAGAUUCUGUGCAGAAUGGCACUGUGGAGGAGGAAGAGCCUCUUCCACCCAUGUCCAACUACUCUCUGCUGGCUGAGAACUCCUACAUCAAGAUGAUGAUGGAAGAUGCUGAUCAGGUAUACGAUAUCCAAGGUAACCAUCAAGAUGAGAGCAAGGUCAUAGUGUUGGUCAUCUUUGAGAACAAGAGCGACAGCUUCCUCAAGUCAAUGGAGUUCAAUGUGCUAGAUUCCCUCAACUCCAAACUGCAGCGGCCGGAGGGAGCCGGACCGCAUGAUGGUCUCACUGUCCCUUUCCAGCUGCCACCAGGGGUAUCAAAUGAGGCCCGGUUUGUUUUCUCAGUGCAGAGUGUCGUCAUGCCUCAGAAACUAAAGGGAACCCUCACCUUUAUUGUUAAGUCGGAAGACUCCUCCACUCACGAGAAACUGGACUUCAAACUGCACUUUACAUGCACUUCAUACCUGAUCACCACUCCCUGCUACAGUGAUGCGUAUGCUAAGCUGCUGGAGUCGGGCGACCUGAAGGGGAGCUCUUUACGGCUAGAGGGGAUCAACAUGCCCUUCCAUCACCUGCUGGCCAGGAUCUGCUUCCACCAUCACUUCUCUGUUGUGGAGAGGAUUGACUCCUGCGCAUCCAUGUAUAGCAGGUCGAUCCAAGGUCACCACGUCUGUUUGCUGGUCAAAAUCGCUGAUCAGACCGUCUCCAUUGACGCCAAGUGUGACGAGCCAUCGCUGCUGGGAAACGUGCUGGAUGAGAUCAAGCAGACCUUCUCAAAAUGCUGAGUAUGUCUGAGAGACCCUGAAACCCCCUAAACCCCAGCGCAGCCUCUGCGACGGAAACGUGUUCAGAAUCAUAUCAUGCGAUCUGAGACUUGCGUCUGCUCCUCUGCAACUCUACCUUUAUAUUUAUUGGAUCUCUUAUUCUGUUUUUCGUCUUUUAAUACCACAUGACCCCUCUCUUGCCUUUUGUGUCAUUGAUUUUUGUUUCCUCCUCGUCUACAUUAUACUUCCAAUGUGCAUUCCUCUCAUCUGAUCUCAUAUUUCAUCCUGCAACCUUGGCUUCUUCUCGCAACUGGAAACUUCAUUCUCAUGAUUUUCGUUUUCACUGACACUCUAAUUUCCGCUCUUCCAUUUGUCUUAAUGGUCCGUGACAUUCAUCUUAAUAACUGGAUUUUUUGUUGUCGAUGAAUUGUUUUUUUUUUUUUUUGUUUUUUUCAUGUUUUGCGUUGUGUUGUUUGUGUUAUUUUGUCCUGAAGUGCAUCAGCGCCUUUCUCCGCAUUAAACAUCAGCAUGUUUGCUCCUUACCAGUUUUGUAGUGUAUGUGUGGUGUUGUUUUUGAAGGCUAGCCCUUGCAAAACUGGUAUAAACCAAACUCUGGGUACUCCAUAUCGCACCAGAAACCCCACCCAUUUCCCAUCCUCAAUCACUAACUGCCCCUGAGCACUAACUCUACAACCAGCAUCACAAAUGCAGUUCCAAAUGUGCAAAUCAUUGGGGGCACACAAGGUUGCAUUUAAUGACCACACUUGUGAUCCCAUGUGCAUGUGAUCAUGUGGCCCACUACUAUUUAUGUCCUAAUGCUGACAUAAGAGUAAGAGUGAACCAGUCACAAUAUUGAUUUGUAUUGAGAGUUAAAACUACAUUGGUAACUACGAUAGUGUAUAACUAAUAUAACAGCACACUAACAGACCUUGCUUAGGUUAAUGGCAGUAAAUAAAAGGUGGAAAAAUUAACAAAAAUAAAUUAGUCCAUGGCUGUCAAAUCUGAUCUAGGAAUUCUUGUACAUUUGUUUCUCCAUGGAUCCAGUUUCUCAAAUGGACAGCAUGCUUUUGGUUACUGCAGAAAUAACCCCAACUCAUACCCCAGUUUGUGAAAACAGACGAAAAUGAUAUGAUGGUUAUGCAUUUGAUAUGGAAGUCUAUGGGGCAACUACUGUUGUAACUGUAUUUCAGUAUAAACGUUGUUUUCAAUGCUGAAAACUGCUUAAACCAGCUUUAGGUUAUUAGGCUGGUCUGUUUUGAGCAGCCUAAUAACAUUAAGCUGACAUUAAUGGUUAUGCACUUACAAUAGAAAUCUAUGGGGCAAGUGGUUUCCCCAUAGACUUCCAUUGUAAGUGUAUUUCAGUAUACACAUUUUCCAUGCUGAAAACUGCUUAAACCAGGUUAAGGUUGUUAGGCUGGUCUGUUAUGAGCGGCCUAACAACCUUAAGCUGACAUUGACGGUGAUGCACUUACAAUAGAAGUCUAAGGUUGUUAGGCUGGUCUGUUUUGCUGGUAUUAAAGAGUUUUUGGGCACUUGUUUGCUGUGAGAUUAGUUAAACCAGCCAAGACCAGCAAACCACAUUUUUUGUUUUGUUUUUUCAGCUGGGUUUGAGGUAUGAGUUCAAAUUAUUUUCUGGAGUAAUCGAUGGAAUGAUAAAUCCCCAAAUUAUUUCUUUAACAUACCAUUGACCAUACUGACAGUAUCUGAUGUUUCUGGACAGUAUUAUAAAAAGUGAUCCCUUUCUUGAAUCCCUUUAAGUGUAUUUCUUAUACCUGUCUUAAGAAUAUUGCACUGUUAAAGGGAGCCUACAAAGUCUGCAACCUGUGCACUUCCUUCAUGGCUUAGACAUCAUCCAAAACCACGCUUGUGUUCUUCAAAUUUUCACAUUUUUUUUUAUGCUGUUAAAUGCCUUUUUUCCACACUACUGAACUGAACUUGUACUGACUAAUUAAGACACAUGCUGUAAGUAACUCCUGUGUUGUUUAACUGUCUGAUCCAGCACGCUGUAGCGCUCGGUUGUAAAGACGCAACCAAAUUAGAGUUUACCUGCUCAUGAAACCUAACUUUAUACCUUUGCAAGUGUUUUUCACCAAAGUACAAUGAGUUCAUCAACAAGAAGUGACUUGAAUAUCAGGUUUAAAAGAUGUUUCUGGAAGGACAACAUUGCCAUAGUGAUUGACAAGGUUCGAAGACUGAAUCAUCUGAUAAGGAUAAAAACAACUGUAAUUAUUAAAUCUUAUUGUUGAAAGUCACAUUUAAAUGUAUAAAUUUAACUUGCAUGGGUAGGAAUGUAAAUUUUUCGCCUAAUUUGUUUUCUUUUAUUAAUACAUGAACACUUGCAUAGAAAAUUCCCCUAUCAUUCCUGUGUUGCAAUUAUUUUCUAGUUUCCUUCUUUUUUUUUUUUUUUUUUUUUUUUUUUAGUAAAAGUUGGCUUCACCAUAUUACACCUUUUGAUGGUAUAAUGUAUUUUUAUUUGUUAUGAGUACUUCAAAACAAUGUCUUGGAAUGUUUUUAAAAAAAAAUUGCAUUUUGCAUUAAAUUAUUUACGUAUAUCAAUAGAGGGGGGUUGGGGGGUCUUUGGUGUCAAAGAAGCUGAGCUUUACAGUACAGGGUCCAUAUAGUUAUCAAUACUUGGCUGUUCAAUUUGAUUCACGUCAAGUGGCCCAGCUAAUCUAACAAGGUUUUUCCCUCUGGCAAGUUGUAGUGCAGAUAUUGCUGGAUUUGGCUUCUCAUUAAAUAUACUCUCAUUGCUCUUCGUUUGAAGGUACUCCUUCAUAUGUAUUUUCCGACUGUAUGAUGUAAUAUAAUGUUUUAAGAUGAAUAAAUUAGCAAAAAAAGAGAGACUUAAUUUGCUAUUGAAAUUCUUGAGGUCCACCGAAAAAGGUGGAUACUGUAGUUUUGUGUGUGUACCAAUAAAUUCAUACAUACAAAUAACGUACAUCUGAA